AGCUCGCAGGGAAUUGACAUUGGGCUAUUAUGUAUUCUAGUCCAACCUCAAAUGUGUCACCAUUAUUAAUAAUUUAUAUGUUAAAUGUAAUAUAUAUUUAAAAUAUUUUAUUUUUAGAUAAAUAAAAAAAUAUAUGCAAAUUUUAUGUAGCUACUAAAAAUGAUGAAUGGUGAUGCUUAAGUUUGCUGCUGCAGCUCAUUCUCGAGCAUUGUGGUUUUGCUCAAUAUUGUUUGAUGAUAGAAUGAUUUAACUGAUAACAUUUUGCAUUACAUGUUACAUCGAUUGUUGGUUGAUGUUGUAAGGAGACAUGUUGUACGGAUUGUAUUUGAUGAAAUAAAUCUGUUGUUGGUAAAUUGAUGAAAUAUAAUCUAACCCAUUCAUAAAAAAGUAUGAAAAAAAAUAUAUAUAUGCAAAGCAUCAUCGGUCUUAGGCGGUAAAUUCAAAAUUGUAACAACUUGUUUUUCUGUUUUUUCGGUUUGAAACUAAGUAUAAAAAAAGAAUAUUCUCUGAGAAAAAAUCGAACAAAGAGACGAUAAAAAAAAAUUAUAAUCAAAUAGAAGGAUUUAUCUCCUCUAAAAAUUAUUUUUCCUACACGAAAAAAAAAAUCAAAAUCGUAUAUAUAUAAAUAGUCUUCCAACAGAACUAAACCACUCGCCGGAGCUCUGAGUCAGCACUUCUUCCCCAACGCAGCUCGUAAUUCCUCCCUUCUUCCUUCUCUCCCACCACUGAGAUGAUCCCUCCCGGCGGCCGUACCGACUCACCGCCGGCGGCGGCGGUGGUGGCUGCUCCUGUUCUUAAGAACGAGGAGGAAGAAUCAACUCUGGUCAAUCAUGUUAUUAAUAAUAAUAACGUGAACCAUGAUGAGUACUUUGAUUCUUUCCCGCCGGGUUACAGAUUCUGCCCUCAAGAUGAAGAGCUUAUCCUCGAUUAUCUGAAGAAGAAGGUGCUGGGGGAAGAACUGCCCAUGAACAAGAUCAUGGAGGUUAAUCUCUAUAGGCACGAUCCUAACACUCUUGCUGCCACGUACAGCAAAUGCGGGGAGAAAGACUGGUACUUCUUCACCCCGAGGGACCGGAAGUACCCGAACGGCGACCGGCCGAACAGGGCGGCCGGCGACGGGUACUGGAAGGCAACCGGCGCCGACAAGAGGAUCAUGUGGGAAGGGGAAGUCAUCGGCCUCCGGAAAGCGCUCGUCUACUACACGGGCAAGCCGCCGAAGGGCGUCAAGACCAACUGGAUCAUGCACGAGUUCAAACUCGUUUCUUCCACUCUCCCUCCUCGAGCUCCUAGGGCCAACAAAGCUGACAUGAGGCUGGAUGACUACGUCCUCUGCAGGAUAUACAAGAAGGCUGAGAAGUACAUGAUCAACAGGUCGAUUCGAUAUGCAGACGAUCCUGAUCAUCCUAAUCCUGCUCCAGCUGCUACCGCCAUUAAUGUCGUUCCUUCUGGUGUUGCUGCCGGUGCUGGUGCUAAUCAUCCUCAUCAUGUGAAUCCAACUAGGUUCAACAACAACAACAAUGGACAUGACAUCCUUGACGAUUCACGACCACCACCACACCACCAACAACCGUAUGUUCAGGGACAUCAAGUUUUUGGAACCGUUGCCGCGGCAGCACAGAAUGCCAACUUUGGUCAUCCCCAGCCGUAUGGCUAUUACAACGGAGGGAUGAUGGUGAUGGCGGAUGAUGUUCAUGGCUACGAAGGGAAUGAGAAUAAUAUAUGGAAAGACAUUUUGGGCGACCCUAUUAUUGGAGUAGCCGGUGGCGGGCUUGCAGGCUGUGGAUAUGGUUUGGAUCAUAAUUCGUUUUGCUAACUUUGUGAUAACCGGUGGAGAUCGAGACGAAAGGAAGUGAAGAGAUCAUGUGCAAAAAAAUAAACCCUUAACUGAGGGUUUGGUAAAAUUUGUAAAUAUGUUUUCGUUGUUGUCGAUAAUUUCUUCUUCGAUCGGUGAUUGUUAAUUUGGGAUAUUAUCGUUUCGGCUGGUUUAAUUUGGAUUCUCUCGGUGUUAUAAUAGCGGAUUUUUAAUUGUUUGUUCGGACAUUUUUCGGCGAUGUUAAGUACUACUACUACGCGUGUGAAAUAUUUCUUCAUCUUUUAAGUUUGUUGUAGAACUGAAUUUCGCUCGCGAGAGGGUGAUAAUAAUUCUGUUUGAGUGUCAUUUAUGAAUACCCAAGACAGAAAAUCUUAAUUUUGAUGUAUUAUUUUCUAGUACGAGAUAGUAAUACUUUGUACCUUAAUUUUUACGAUGAGAAACAAACCCUAGCUAGUAAGGCAAUCUUUGCCCUUUUUUUCUAUGGAUGAUUCUUGCGUGCAUUGAAAACCAUAUAUUUAACUGUCGCCUUACCAAGUGAAUGGGAGGCAAUAUGGCAAAACAUUACAAGAAUUAAUUAGAAUUCCUAACUGUUUACCCUCGUUCGAACAUUGUUCGGAGAGGAGUGAACUGUGUUAUUAAUCGUUGUUCAAGAAGUUAAGGUGCAUUUAUUGAGUUCAAACACCAGAUUUUCUUCGCAGGAAAACACUAACACAAUAAAUCACUCCAAUGAUUUAUGUUUUUCCUCAUCACACAUAUACAAAAAUUAAAUUAAAUCAAAAAAUUUCAUAAAAGAAAUUCAUUUAUACAUAUAUGCAUGGAUUAUGACGUCAGAGGUCAGUGGGGGUUUGGUUUCUACAAUUAUUCCCGCCGGGAAAAGAGCGGCUGACCCACAGAACUUUCCGGCCAAACUGCACGCUUUUGAUCGCCUUUGGAAAUAAAAAUGAAAAACUACUUCUAUACACAUGCAUUUUUUUUUGUUUGUUUUCUAUUGGAAGUUGCAUAUAAUAUACAACCCUCACAAUUUCCAUAACCAUUAUUAUUAUUAUUAUUAUUAUUAUUAUUAUUAUUAUUAUUAUUAUUAUCUAUUUCACUCCUUUUGGUCAACAAUAUCCUAACAAACCCAUCACAUAACAACAACAGAUUUUGAUUGCAUAUUUUGUUCCCUUCCUACAAGGCUACAAUUCAUAUGAUUAUUUGAUAAAACAAUUCAUCAUAUAAACAAACACUCAUGUUAUACUGAUUACCAUUAUACUCAAUUGUUCGAGUUGUUAAAAGAAAUUUGCGACCGAGUUCAUUACAUUGCAAUUGUUUUCCAAGUGCAAAUUUUUUUCUAUUGAUUAACAACGCUUUCAAAUUUGUAACAACUCAUGCUGCUUUAUGCUUAAACAAAUCGUCUGAUAAUGA